AUGCUACGCCAAAGCGUAGAAAAUGCUUUCAGGUUUAAAACAAGUCCAUCAGUGUCAACAUCAUAUCCAUCAUCAUCUUCCAGUACCAAGAGUUCAUCAACAUCAUUUUCUUCAAAACGUCGAUCGAAUCGAGCACCGAAACGGUCUUGCUUGGUAUGGAGCAACAAAAAAGAUAAAAAUACCGUAUUACUCAUGACAACGUUGCGUGGUAAAGAUCCAACAAAGGAUGGCACAAACAAAAAUGAUACAGUUGUUUUACCUCUAUUAUCUUGGGAAGAUUUAUUAAAACAACUGGUAUCGAUUCAUGCGACGCCACCUUUACCUGGACUACCGUCAAUUACAUUAAAAACACCACCGUCAACAACUCCAACUCCCACUUGA